UUUGAUACAGUUUAACCCAGUGCCUCCAAUUUCAGCCAAGUUCUUGAGUUUUUGGCGUUUUUCUCAGUAACAUAAGAAGUUAUUAAGAAUUUGUUCGCUGGAAACUUCAGAACUUCGAGGUAAGCAUGGCGCUGUCUUUGUCCUCCCCAUGUGGAUGCCCCUCCGAUGAGGAGGAGGAAAUGGCUGUGUUUGAGUCAACGGCAGCAGAGCAUGGAGGUCUGACCAGACCAGGUCUACCCGAGAUUUCUGUCAUUUCCCCUGGCCUGGACCCCCGGCCGUUUAUUGCAGGAUCGAAAUUAGCAGUGAAACCUGGGUUGGUGAGACAAGGAAGUGGUGGUGAAGGGAAUACUGAGAGGGUGAAGGUCUAUCUGCGCAUCCGGCCACUUAGCGAGAUGGAGAGAGAGAAAGGAGAAGAACAGGGUUGUGUGGCUGUUCAAGAUGAAGAGACUCUGCUGCUCAAAGCACCGAAAGAGUCUCAGAACAUGAGGACGGCAGAGAGGGGCAUCACCCAGAGCAUGCACAAGUUCAGUUUCUCCAAGAUCUUAGGGCCAGAGACCACACAGCAGCAGUUUUAUGAGUGCACGAUGAAAAAGAUGGUGAAAGACGUGCUUCAGGGAGAAAACAGACUCCUCUACACUUAUGGUGUCACCAAUUCUGGGAAGACGUACACCAUUCAGGGCAGUGGUCAACAGGCAGGCCUCCUACCCCGAGCUUUAGCGUCUCUGUUCAGGAAACUGCAGGGUCGUCUCUAUGGUGCCAUGGACCUGAAGCCUGUCAUGUAUCAGGAUGUGAGACAGCUUGAACCCAGUGAGGUCAGGGUGGAGGAAAUCCGCAGAAACUCUCUGCUCAAAGAGGAUGACAAUUUGACUUCUCGUCGCGGUGGUACCACUACAAUCUGGGACAGCGGCAUCGGAGGACUCUCCUCCACAAGUAACAUUACCAGCCAGCUGGAAGACACUGACAGUGUUUGCCUGGAGCCAGACAGCCUUUCACACAGUGGUGGGGACGACCUGGAGGAAGGGGUGCAGUUUUCUAUCUGGGUGUCCUUUUAUGAGAUCUACAAUGAGUUCCUGUAUGAUCUGCUGGAUGCUUCACCCUCCCUGCAGCCAAGAAAGAGAGUCACACUGCGGCUUGGUGACGACAAGCAGGGCAACCCCUUUGUGAAAGACCUCACCUGGAUCCAGGUCCGCAGUGCAGAGGAAGCGUGGAGGGUUCUGAGGGCCGGACAUCGUAACCAGAGCUUCGCCAGCACUCAUCUCAACCAAAACUCCAGCCGCAGCCACAGCAUCUUCUCCAUCCGUGUCCUGCACGUCCGCCCAGAGGCAGAUUCAGGCCCGGCCACGCACAUCAGCGAACUGACUGUGUGUGAUCUGGCUGGGUCUGAACGCUGUAAAGAGCAGCGUAACGGUGAGAGGAUGAAGGAAGCCAACAACAUCAACACCUCCCUUUUAACACUGGGCCGCUGUAUUGCUGCUCUGAGGCACAACCAGAACAACAAAUCACGACCCCCUCAAGUGGUGCCCUUCAGGGACAGCAAACUGACCCGGGUGCUGCAGGGUUUCUUCUGUGGCAGAGGAACCUCCAGCAUGGUGGUCAACAUCAAUCCAUGCGCCUCCAUCUAUGACGAGACCCUCCAAGCCCUCAAAUUCUCUGCUAUUGCUACCCAACUGGUCCAUGGCCCAUCCACAAAGACCAGAGUGGCCUACAUCCUGUCUCUACUGCGCGAACCAGCAGGAAACGGUAACGAAAGCACGGUGCUGGAAGAGGAAGAGAAUGAGAGUGAUGUUGAAGACGGAGACAUCACCAUGUUAAACACUGAGGCUUUGCUGCAGGCAAUCGACGUUCUGAAGAGAGAGGUGCAUCGCCAGCGGGAAGAAAAAGAGGUUCUUGAGGCCAAUGUGAGAGAGCAGGUGGUUUCUGAGAUGAUGGAGGUCAUCACUGGGAUGCAAGAUGGCUUCAGUGAGACCUUGGAGGCGGAGAGGGCUCUAAUCGAAGAGAGGUAUGAGGACAAGAUAUCUAACCUGCAGAAACAUUUGAAAAAAUUCUACAGCCAGGAGCUGAAGGAGCGUGAUCAGGAGAUUGAAGCUUUGUCUGCUGCCCUUGAAAAAAACGAAGAUGCUGAAUCGGUCUCCAUGUUAGUGCCGCCGGGAGACGAGCCUCGGCGUUCUCGACGGCUCACCGCUCGGACAGAACUUGGCAAACUGCGUGCUGAGCUCGACCACUGCCGCACCGAGCUGCUCACCAAGACACAAGAGCUGACAAAGCUAAAGAUGCAGCUUGAAGUGCCAGGUUCAACAGGCACCGGUGCAGCUGACCGCAAGCUUGAGGAAGGUCAACGGAACCUGCGUCUGCUGCGUCUGGAUUUGCAGAGGCUGGGGGCGGACCUUCAGUCUGGUGAACGAGCCUGCUGUCGCAAUACAGGAGGGGAACGGCUGCGUCAGGCAUUAAAUGCUGCAGAUGAGACACUUGCCAAACAGGACCAGAUCCUGGUGGAGCUGCUGAACAGCCUGAUGCUGGUCAAAGCUGACUUGAGGCGGAAAGGAGAGACCCUUGCCAAGAUACAGGCCACCCGGCCCCAGAUGCCUCCCUCUGGCUUUUCUGCCUCUGCCUCCACCACACCAGGUUCCUGUAAGAAGAGGGGCUGUGGAGCCGCCACAACAAGUGAUGCUGAAAACCGCCCUCCACAGAAACGGCCCUUUUUCCAGUCUCUGUUCCCGACACGCACUCCAACGCGUAAAUACAACACUCGAGCUGUUGAAGAAACAAACCUUACCCCCUACACACGGAUCUUGCGGUCUCGUCAGCAGUCUCCGCCUCCCAGCCCUGUCCCCACCCCUCGUAGUCUCAGAGGGAAGUACUGAGCUAUUUAUAGCUUCAGAGGGGCUGUGUCCUUAUCAAUAUAUUAUGCAACAACAUAAGUCACACUCGCUGGUAACUUUAUAGUAUUUUUAUAUUGUUUUUUAUAUGUUCACUGUUUGCAGUGCAGUUGACGUUAUGUUGUCAUGCCAAAUACAGUUAUAAUGCCAGUAAAAUGCUUUAAAUGAGGUUGCAGUAUACUACUAAGGUAAUUGAGGUGCUUUUGAGCAAUAAAGUUGCUCAGAGUGAUAUUUAUGGGCCGUAUGGUAAUAGUGCAUGUGUGUAUAAUUAACCUUCUCUGCAACACCUCAACAUGCCUUUGCUGCAAGUAUUUUUCUUUUCCACAAUAAAAUCAAUGAAAACCUUG